AUGCCAUGCCGAUACUUGGCACCGGGCCUUAGGGAUGUGUGGACGUGUGGUAAAGUUUUGUUAGAUAGAAAAACGAAUUUGAAAAUGCCUCCAAAAAAAGUAGAAGAGCCUGAAAAAAAGCCUCUUAUUGGACGAGUGGGAACCAACUUGAAAGUUGGCAUUGUUGGUGUUCCUAAUGUUGGAAAGUCAACAUUCUUCAAUGUCUUGACAAAGAGUCAAGCUGCAGCUGAAAACUUUCCAUUCUGCACCAUCGACCCUAAUGAAACCGCAGUACUCGGUGUAAAUAACACAUCAUCUCCUUGUGAAAGCACAUCUAAACAUGAGAUUAUGUGGACAGACCUUGACGCACAAGAAAUGUAUUUAAGAGCGACGCCCACUUGUUAUUUGAUUCUCGGCAAACCCAGCCUUGGCGCCUUUAGUCUUGGUGAAGCACUUUCCAAAAAGUAUAACUGCAUUCAUUUAUGUCCUAGAAAUAUUAUAACCGAUGAAAUAUCACAAGGCAGUACUACUGGGAAAUGUUUAGAUUUUAAUUUAAAACAUAAUAUUAUAUGCUCACCUAAUACUAUUUUAAAAAUGUUAUUCCUCAAAGUAAAAUCUCCAGCUGUUAAACACAGAGGAUAUGUGAUAUCAGGUUUUCCUUUCGUGACAUCUUACAAAAGCCCAAACACCUUACUUAAAACAAAGCACACGGAAGAAGCUUUAUUGUGCGUAGAUGAAAUUUUAUUUGAUGUUAUUUAUAACUUAAAAAGGAAAAAAAAUAAAAGAAAAAAUAAAUUAUCAGAGACCGAAUCCACACAAUCUUCAGCAAAUUUUGAGGGAGAGGAAAUAGACGAAGAAGAAAAAGAAGAGGAAGAGGUAGAAGAAGAAGGUGAAGAGCAAGAAGUUGUCGCAGAAUUACCAAAAUUCAUUUUAAAUAAAUGUGCCCAUAUUUUCAAAAAACAAGGAAAAGUGCGUAUGGAGUCGCAACAAUCCUUACUGUUACAUCAACUCCACGAUCUAUUUAAUCUAAAUUUCAAACCAAACGUCGUUAUUUAUAUCACUUGCCCAGAUAGUGACAUCUUAACUGUAAAAAAACACAAAUUCACGAAUUAUAAAAAUGGCCAAAGUAUUGUAGAACCGUUUCUUGACAAAGUUACAACUGAUUUAAGAUGGCCUACUCGAUAUACUUUAAGUGAUUAUGAAAAUCCUCAUAAUAUUCAUGUAUUUAAUCCUAAGUACAAUUGUAGAUCACCUAUAAAUUUCAAUAACAAGGCUGUAGAUCAAAUAUGUAAUUACAAAGAUUAUGUACUGCCAUACAUCGAAAAAAAAAUUAUGGAUUUUGAUCCAAAGCAAGUGAUUAAACUAGAUGGUAGGACUUCAAUACACCAAAUGAUGCAUCAGUUAGCAGAAAGAUUUUUAUUAAUGGACAUAAAUCCUGUUAUUAUACCAGAACCAUUGUAUAUAGAAGAGCCCCCUGAGGAUUACGACGAGUUUUGGCAAUUGGUAGGAGACCUCCGUGUAAUACAUAGCGGUGUUUUAAAAUUUAAAUGCUAUCCUUCACCUUGGUACAACAGGUGCCCUGUUGAACUUAAAAAAAGACGGUCUGUUUUAGGGAAGCCAAAAUUUGCUGUAAAGCUCUUUAAACACAUAUAUGUUAUGCAUUCCCUGGAUAAUUUUGUCUCAUUUUGUAGAAAUCCACGGCCUUACUUGAAGUUAAAAUAUUUAGAACCUACUUGUAGAAUUAUUGUAACAGGGACAAAGUCUUCUGGAAAAACUAUGGUAGCUGAGUGUCUAUCAUGGAUAUUUGAUACCCCUGUUACUAGCUUUGACACUCUUUUUGAAAACAUAAAACAAGAAAAGUAUGAAAUGUAUGCUAAAAGUAUUUUUUCCGAAAUAAGUGCUAGGAUAGAAGAUGCCAGAUACAUGGAAUGGCAAGUAAAAGAACAAAACAGACAGGCCGGUCUAAACGAAUGGUGUAAUUCAGUUUUGGUAGCAUUAAAAGAAUACAUUCCUUUGCUGAUAACACACUUAGAAUAUUUGACUAUGAACAAAAAACCGGCGGGUAAAGAAAAAGGUACUUUAGACUCCGGAACAAAAACGGAAGAAAAGACAAAGGGUAAAAAAAAAGCUGAAGAACAAAAUUUAAAAUCAAGCCCACCAAAAAAAACACAAAUGCCAAAGCCUGCUGUUUUAAACAAAAUAAAGUUACUUAAAAAUCGCCUCUCUUUUCUACCUAUUUCACUGAACAACGUAGAAGAAUGCGAAACUAUCCUAUCAAAUUUCGUGGUUAAUCAUUUUACUUUGUUACAAUAUGCUCCCCUUGAAUUGACAACAAAGAUAAAAGAACCAAAUCUACCUGUUUUAGGCGACGACGAUGUUACGAAAGCCAUUACCGAGUAUAUCGCACUAAACGACUUACAAAAAGAAAUCGAUCCUUCUAUUGAAGAGUUAAUGACUCAAGUUACUCAGUUAAUGUCUACUGUAAACAUUAAGUCUCGAAAAGACUCGCACAUAAAUGAAUUCUAUGAAAAAUAUAUAAUAGACGGGUUGCCAGCAGAUCCUGAAUAUUGGGAGAUUCUUACAAACGCUAAAUUGCUUCCAGAUUACACUAUCAGUAUAAUGGAAAACAGAGAAAUUGAACCGGAAUUGUUACUGCAGUAUAUGAAUAUUGAAAAAAGUAUGAAAAAUUAUUAUGAAAAAUUAGGAAUUGUUAAAGAUCCGCUUGUUUUAUGUAAACUACAAACGAAACACUUGCCUAAAAAACAAAUCAUGCAAAGAAAUGUUGAACUUAUUGUACGAAAUUUGGUUCAUAACAGCUAUAACUCGACCUCCUUACUUGAUCCUGAUUUUACUGAAGAAAACAUUGAUCCUAACCCUGAACUCAUAGCAUCAUUUACUCAGUCCAUUGAAAAAUUUCGAGAAGAUUGGGAUAGUGUCAAAAUAAAAUUAGAGGAUAUGUCUAAAUGUUACAUCGAAGUUGAACUAGAAGGUAAAACAGAUGUUGAAGUUCUCGAAGAAGUGCUUUUAAAAAUACGAGCUGGCUAUUUUUUAAAAAGCGAGGUAAACGAAGGUGAAGAAAUUGAAGUAGACGAAGAGGAUAAUACUUCCAAAAAUCUUCUCCUUUAUAAUAAUCCCCAAAACUUGUGUGAAACUAAUAUUUAUUGUCCUUACACAUAUUACAACCAUCAAAUAUUUUGGGAGGGUAAACCGGAAUUUUCUUUGAACUUCAACAAUAAGAUUCAUUACUUUGCUAAAGAAGAAUACAUAGAAAUGUUUCAAAAAGAUAUAACUAAGUAUCAGACAUAUAGCAAACCUUUUAAGAAGUUACCGCCUUUAAAAAUAUGUGUUACCGGCGGCGCAGGUAGUGGCAAAACGACAAUGUCCAAGCAAAUAGCUUUAGAGCUUGGAUUACUGCACGUUAAUUUUGAAACAGUUAUUAAUGACUUUUACAUCCCGAGACAUUAUAAGAAGGUCGGGCGUGUGUAUGAAAAUCCUUUUACGGAUAUACCUAUAGAAGAAGAAGGCGUAUUCGAGUUCCAACUUGAUGAAGAGAACCCUAAUUUAUUUGCAGACAUUUUAUCAAAUGAAGUGGAGCUAAGACGAAUGUUGUUUAAUUACUUUGAACGCGGGCAGCCAUUAAUAUCCGCAUAUAUACAGAAUGUAAUUAGGAGAAUAUGGUUUGAUUAUCCUUACAAAAAUAUCGGUAUAGUUCUUGAUGGGUAUCCACGAUUAACUCAGGAUAUUGAAGACAUGGUACAAUGUAGUUGCAUACCGGAUUUAGUGAUAGAUUUAAAUAGUAAUGCAGAAACUACAAUCGAGAGGCUUGGUCCCUUAAUGCUCAAACGAUGGAAAUCUCAAUUACAAAAUGCAAAACACGCACAUCGACUAAAAAUGGAAAAUGAAAAGAAUGAAUGGAUGCGUCUCAUAACAAAACUUGUAGUUGUCGAAGUUAUUAUAGAUGAAAUGUUAGACAGCAUACCAGUAGAACUGCCUGAACCUAUAAAUGACAGUCUUUCUGUUGCAAGUGCUAUAAUGGAUACUCAUCCAACAGGAUCAGAAAAUUUGGAUCCCCGAUUAUUCAAUGCUUAUAAUAAGGUUAUAGAAGAGCACCCAGAACCAGUUGAUGAACGCGAUUGGGAUAAACCCUCAGACGAACGUGAAAGAAUAGAAUCUAGACUCGAAGCUAUUUUUGAAACUGAGUCAGAAAAUAUAGAAUUAUUAAAAGAACUUGCCGAAGAAAAUAAUAUAAAAAUAUUUUCAGUCGACAGCACGAAACCUUUUUAUAAGGUCUAUAGAAAAGUCCUAUCUAAACUAUCAAAUUUAAGAAAAAGAUCUAGAUCAUUUUUAGAACAAACAUACAUAAUCACUAAUGAUAUGGCUGAACUACUUCUGUCACAUGGGUACUAUUUUUUGAGUAAAUUUGGCCGUAUGUGUCCAGUUUACAUAUUUGAGAACAGUCAGACUAUAUUUAAUAGUUACAAAAUAAGCAAACGCAAAGGUAAACUGUUUCCAGUCAUUCAUCGAGCGUAUAUUUAUUUUAUUAGCAAAGAAGAUUAUGUCGAAAAAUUUAGAAUCAAUCCUCUGAAGUUUAUUGCUAGUGAUAGAAUAUUAACUUAUCAUCCAUAUCCUCUUAGAAUUGGCAUUAUUGGGACACCCAAAUCAGGUAAAAGUACGUUAGCUGCGAAACUAGCUAGACAGAAUAAUUUACUAUGCAUAUCGAGAGGAAUGGCUUUACGUCGUGUAUUGAAUCAGAUGCAUUGGACUGAACUAGCCCGUAAAAUUUUAAGACAAUUACAUGAUGGUGACAUUCUUGAUAGUGAUUUAGUAAUGAGUGCUGUCCAAACUGUGGCAAUUGAUCAUCGUACACUAACUUACGGAUUUGUGCUAGAUGGUUUUCCUAGUUCACCUAAUGAAGGCAUGGCAUUAGCCAAGGAUGGUCUUUAUCCAAACGUUAUAUUUGACGUCUCUUCUGACAAGUUAGUUAUUUUAGAAAUUUCUCAAACCGAAGUAUAUAAUGACAUUUUGAAAUAUAAGCCGCCAUAUUCAGUGUCAUUUAUGGAACAUAGAUUUACGAAAUGGAAUGAACAGUGCUACAAAAUUAAAAACUGGAUCAAUAGUGAUUAUCAAAACAUGUGCCUCCUUAAUGGCAAUGAGUCUAAGUGGCAAUGUUUACAAGAUGCUAAAAAUAAAAUUAAAGAGUUAAUUCCUAAAAUUAAUUACUAUUUAGCUAAUGUUGAAACGAAUAUUGUACCUGCACAUGCGAUGGCUAUAUCAAAUGAAAUAUUUGAACAAAAACAAUCUUCCUUCAGAAACAUGUGUCCGGCGUGUUUGUCGAAAAAUGUUUUUCGACAUAGCAACUAUCCUGGGGAUAAAACGGGUGUAGUUCAAUAUAAAUACAAAUUAUACUGGAUUUGUGCUGAUCACUGGAAAUGGGUAUUAAUGUAUCCAGACUAUUAUCUAUUGAAAGAAAUAAACAUUCCCGAAAUUCCAGCAGUUGUCAAAAUAAUUAAUACUGAUACUGUGUAUGAAAAUGGUGUCUGUAUGGUUACGUAUGCUGAAAAUUUACCACGCCAAAUAAUUGAAAGAGGAACCAAUAAAUUUGCAGCCACUUACAAAUCUAAAACAUAUUUGUUUUGUAGUGAACCAUGUCUUCGCAAAUUUUUAGAUAAGCCUCACCUAUUUUCAGACAUAACAGUUUUUAAAGGUUCUAGCUGGUUUCCACGACUAUGUUUAAAGAAACUACCUAACUUGGGAUAUUUAGAGCAAACAUUAUCCAAUAUUUUAACAGAAGCAUGUUGUUCAGUCAAUGCAAUCAGACCUAAAUAUCCCGGACUUAGUUUUCAACUUUCGGGGAUAAUAUACAUAGCAUUAUAUCUAAAAACGCACAACCCUCACUUACCUAAGGAUAAAUUGAAUUGUUAUUUAAAAGCUUUGAAAGUAUUUGAAACUCGAAGCAACCUUAUCUUAGACCUAGGACUUCGUAUGCGAUCUAUGGAAAAUCCUUUUACCACUUACCCGGAAGUUCAUCAAGGAACUCCGAAAAAAUAUUCUAAUCUAGGAUCUGUUGAAGUACGCAGGGUACCUGUACCGGACGAAAGAUUUGACUACCUUUGCGAAUUUCACAAACCAGCUAGUAAAGUGCCAGCAUUCUUAAAUGUAGUAGACAUCGCUGGUCUUGUUCGAGGUGCUGCUGAAGGACAGGGUCUUGGUAAUGCCUUCUUGUCACAUAUCAAAGCCUGCGACGCAAUUUUCAACCUUUGCCGUGCAUUCGAUGAUGAGGAUGUAAUUCAUGUGGACGGUGAUGUGAAUCCCGUUAGAGAUUUAGAAACGAUUGGUGAGGAACUUAGAUUAAAAGAUGAGGAGCAGCUAAUGCAGAACAUUGAGAAGCUUGAUCGAGUCGUCAAUCGUGGCAAUGAUAAAAAGUUGAAGCCAGAAUAUGAUUCCUUGCAGAAAAUCAAAACAGUUUUAGUUGAUGAAAAGAAACACAUUCGGUUUGGUGAUUGGAGCGCCGCUGAUAUCGAAAUUUUGAAUAAAUAUUUGUUCCUGACAUCGAAACCUGCCUUGUACCUCGUCAAUUUGUCGGAAAAAGACUAUAUACGAAAGAAGAAUAAAUGGCUACCUAAAUUAAAGGAAUGGAUUGACAAAAACGAUCCCGGUGCACCUCUGAUUCCUUUCUCCGGGGCAUUCGAGACAAAGCUGGUAGAGAUGGACGCUACUGAACGGCAAGCCUUUUUAAAGGAAAACAACCUAUCUAGCGCACUGGACAAAAUUAUCGUCCAAGGGUACAAGGCACUACAGUUAGAAUACUUCUUUACUGCUGGACCAGAUGAAGUUAAAGCUUGGACUAUUCAGAAAGGUACCAAGGCCCCUCAAGCUGCAGGCAGAAUUCACACUGAUUUUGAAAAGGGAUUUAUUAUGGCCGAAGUUAUGCAUUUCAAAGACUUCAAAGAGGAAGGCACUGAAGUUGCUUGCAAAUCUGCGGGAAAAUACAGGCAACAAGGCCGUAACUAUGUCGUUGAAGAUGGCGACAUCAUCUUUUUCAAGUUCAACGCGGGUGCUGGGUUAAAAGACGCUAAGAAAAAAUGA